AUGGCGUGGUGGACGGAUAUAUGGCUCAAUGAAGGGUUUGCUACUUUCAUGUCAAUAAAAGUUAUAGAAGUCAUCCAUCCCGAUUGGGAUUUUGUGCGUAUUACAUCAUAUAAAUAAACUUCGAAUUUAUUUUGUUGUUAAUUAAACUAAAUUUAUCUAAUAUUGUAUUCAGGAUACAAUGUUUCUAACUUAUAAACUACACGUAGUUUUGGACAAAGACAGUCAAAUUAAUUCACACCCUAUCGUACAAGAAGUCUCUAAUCCGCAAGAAAUAGAUUCGAUCUUUGACAUCAUAUCAUAUGAUAAAGUAUGCCGAAAAAAAAAAAAAAAGAAAAAAAAAUGUACAUCAAUUGAAAAUUAUUUUUCGCCGCUGUUUUAAUUCAUAGCAUACGCUUUUCCGUUUUAGGGUGCUUCUAUAUUACGGAUGUUAGAGGGAAUGUUGGGUGCAGAAGUAUUCAGAAUUGGUAUACGCGCAUAUUUAAACCGAUAUCAGUUUGGUAAUGCACAGACAGACGAUUUAUGGUAUGAAAUACAAACAGCUUUUGAAAAUGUAGCCGAUAUCAAAAAGGUGAAAUCAUACGUUUCUCAUUAUUAAAAAAAAAAAAUUUAUAAAAUAAUACAUAGAACUAUAGCUGACCAAAAGCAAAUUGAAAUGAUAAAAUAACGUACGUUUUUACUGCGAGUUUCUCUAUUUCCAUAAACCAAUCGUAACUGAGAAACAUCAUAUUAUAAGACUGAACAAACAAUCUUACUUGUAUAACGAGUGAUUUGUAAUUCUCCUUAAAAAUGAUACCGGGGCAUCCGAGAGGUAUUCCUUAGUGAAAAAAGGCCCGUCAUAGUGCUCUGCCUGCGAUGACUAAAGUAAAUUGUAAAAAAUGAGUGGUUCUUUUUUUUCGUCCGUAGCUGCAUAAUCAAGGGAAUGCAGAAAUUAAAAAAAAAAAAUACAUAAUUUUUGUACUAUAGCGGCUAAAUUCAAGUGUUUGGGGUUGCAAUAAUUUAAAAACCCUGCGUGUUGAAAAUUUCACAUUUUUCGCGUUUCAUAGAGAUUCUGUUUUACACAGCGAUCACGCAAAUAAACGUUUUCUUUAAUUAUUGUUUUUUCCUAUUUAGGAAUUGUAUACAACACUAAUAUUUUGCACAGCCAUAGUGACUGUAUUUUUUUUUAAAAAAAUUAGGUAAUGCACACGUGGACUCAACAGGAAGGUUACCCGUUGGUAACGGCCACGUUGGACGGAACCAAACUAACAUUAGAACAGCAUAGGUUUUUAAUCGAUUCGAGCGCCACGUAUUGCGUGGACUCGUCUCCGUUCAAAUACAGAUGGGAAAUACCGUUGACGUACGUAACGUCCGAAAACGACACCGUACAUAAACUUUGGUUAUGUAGCGAUCAUAGCUCCGGUAAGACGUGUCGUACCUAAAGUGUUAUUAUUAUUAUUAUUAUAAUUUUUUUUUUUUUUUUUAUCGCGUAUGGAUAUUUAACAUGAACAAUGUAUUGUUUAUUAAUUUAUUCAAAAGUCACGGUCGAAUUGCCCGAAAUACAGUGGAUAAAAAUCAAUUAUCGCCAACGGGGAUUUUACAUUGUAAAUUAUUCGAAGAGCAAUUGGUGCGCGCUAAGCAAUCUGUUGCAAACGAAUAUUAACGUAAGCGAUAUAUUGUAUAUUGCACUGCAGCCUUUUGAACAGGUAAACGGCUCGGCGUGUGUAGAUAAAGGAAAUAUUAUUUAAAGGCCAUCAGCGCUGCCGAUCGCGCGAAUCUCCUAUACGACGCGUUCAGUUUAGCGGAAGCCCAAUACCUGACGUACGACAUCCCGUUGGAAAUGACGAAAUAUCUAGUCGGCGAAUGCCAUUUCGUGCCGUGGACUGUGGCGAAUACGAGAUUUUUCAAAUUGUGGUAUAAGCUUAACGGUCGGUGCGAAUAUCCCCAAUACGAGGUAGGGUAAUAAUGGCUAAUCGGCUUGGUCCGAUCGACCUACGACCAUGUACGCGAUCGAACUAAAUGUCUUGUCCAUUAAAAUCCAUUGUGUUUCAGAAAUAUUUACGACAUUUGUUGGGAGGCAUAGAAGAUGACGUGUGGAACGUCCCGGACGUUCAGACAUUUUCGCAAUCUAGAUACCGUUUAGCAGUCAUUAAAUUGGGCGGUUUAUGCGGCGAACCGACGUAUGCAACGAAAAUUCACGAAAUGUUCAAAAACUUCUUGUACGAGAACAUCGCGAUAAACCCGGAUAUAGAAGAGGACAUAUACAACUACGGUGAAUAUGUUUAGAAUAAAAUAAUAACGUAUUAACGUCUUACCUUUUUUUUAAAAAAAAAACACAGUAAUAUAACGAUUAAAGUAUAAUAUUUUGUUCGUUUUAAUUUUACUCGUUUGUUUAUUCUCCCCAGGAAUAGCCUAUGGUGAUGUUAAUGAUUGGAAUAAAGUAUGGCAUUUAUAUUUAAAAGAACAGGACCCUGACAAAAAACUCUUAUUUUUGGUAGCGUUGAGUUAUUCGAGAGACACGUCGUUGUUAAAAAGGCAAUUUUUUAUCAUCAUUAUUAUCAUUUUUUUUACGUUGUGAACAAAAAAAAAUGAACUACUAAUAAUUUUAGAUUGAUACAAUAUGGGAAAACCGGAAGCUACGUUCUUCCGCAAAAUUUCAUUAACCUCUUAGGUGCGAUGAGCGAAAAUCCUUUGGCGAAUUCAAUAGCUUGGGACUUUAUCAGGUUUAUGUAUUACAGAUACAUAUUAUUAUUUUACAGUGAUAAAUUGUUUAUAUUUUAAUUUUUUCUUUUUUUUAGGUGCGAAUGGCAAUUCUUGUUGCAUUAUUUAUCGCCAAGUAACAUAGGUCUCGGAUACAUAACGAUUUCUAUAUGCGGUAAAUUUAAUACACAGCAACGUCUUGACGAGGUGAAUGUUAUUCUUCGAUCCAAACAAUUUAAGACUGUAGUGGUUUUUUUUUUUUUUUUUUCUGGGCGGAUUUGUUUUCGUUCAAAAUCGACCUUUUGGUUUUCCACCAAAGUAAUAUUAUACAUCGUAAACGAAAAAAACAUUUUGGUUACCACUGUCCACGAGUCUAUAUGUUACGAGCCGUAAACAAUAAAAUGUUUUCAGCUUAAAUAGGAAACUCCAGAUUCUAAAUUAAAUUAUGCACCGUAAUCUUGCGGAUAAAUGAGAUAAGUUUUAAUCGAAAAUUGCGCUAAAUUAUUGAAACUCAUUUAGCAUUAGAAAAUACAGAUGUUAUAACUUGUAGAGGCGAAGAAUUUUUAGUUCUUAACGACAUAAUAAGAAAUAUUGUUAUUUUUUCGUGUAAUACAAAUUUAAACAUUUUGUGUUUGAUUGUUUUAAUUUUACUAUGACUGAACAUUUAAACGAUACACUCAAUUUUAUACAUGUGUAAAUAAAACUUUCAAUAAUAAAAAAAAAAUUGCAUUGGUAACAAAAAUAUCUUUUUCAUUUAUGACGAAUAAUAUUACUUUGCGCGAAAACCAAAUCAUUCUUUUCGAGUUUGGGUAAAAAAGGUAAUCAUAUGGGCGAAAACAGGUACGCCUUUAUUUUUAAAUUUAAACUUCAAUACCGAAUUCUUAUUACUAUCAAAGGAAAAAAUAAUAAUAACGUGUUUAUACAGAUGAAAGCGUUUUUCAAAAACUAUCCAGACGCCGGUGCCGCGAAAUCUGAACGAGAAACGGCGCUCGAAACCGUUGUACAGAAUAUUGAUUGGCUAAAACGAAACGAAGCCUUUAUUAUUGAUUGGUUGAAAAAUAAUAAUCAUUAA